GCGGGAAAUCGUUUUUGUUCUUUCAAUUUUGACUCAUUUAAACUGUCAAAGCUUUCAAGGCAAACAAAGUAGGUGAAGGAAUUAUUCGGUCAUUGUCUAAGCUCUUAAAGCUUAACAAAACAAAAGUUUACAAUUUUUUCACUGCAUGUCGUGUACCUAAAUUGAAAGUUGUUCCAGCACAAAUUUUUGUGCAGCUUCAUUUUAAUCGGAUUGACAACACUAUUUAACAGCGUGCAACAUACGUAGUUCAUCUACAAAUAUAAAUAAAUUUUAAACUUUGUGUUUUUUCAAUAUAUGUUUGUUGUUUCGCAGGCGGCUUAAUUUUUAUACCCAGAAAACAAUUUUAAAAGAAACUGCAUAUGAAAAUGUUUCCUUCUCAUUACAUUGAACUAGUCAGUUACUGCAAUAAAAAUUUGGUAGUGGACUAUCAACUAGAGAAAGUACCUUUAAAAAUCUUAGGACAAUAUAUAAACCUGAAUAACUGGCUCACGUUUAAAGAUUGGUUGGAAGUCUACGACAAGCUGCAUACAAUAUUAUAUAAAAAGCAUAAUGAACCAAAUGAUGAGCCUCUUACCAAUUUUACAAGAGAAAAUUAUUUGAUUUGUAAUAAUAGAAUCAAAAUUGAAAUUGUGAAGGAAAACUUUGUAAAAAACUUUGCUGAAAUUUUUCAAGUUGAAGUUGAAUAUUUCCAUUCUUUUGUUGUUAGAAUUUAUAUUAGCCUCGAAAACCAAAUUAAGGUCGGAAGCAACUCUUCGUUGCUAAAAAACCAAAAUAAGGUACAAAGCGGUUUUAAAGCUACGAAAAAGCUUGAUUUAUCUUACGAGCCUUAUAAUCCCAUUAAAAACAAACUUAAGGAUGAAAUUGUAGAUAUGGAAUUUGUUAAGUAUACACCUUCGCAAAUAUCUCAAGAAGAACCUUACACUCCUCAAUUACUUUUUAACAAAGCUGAAAGUAUUAGCCCAGAUUUAUUAUCUCCCCAAAAGUCUUUGAAGAAGCUUGAAAAAUAUCCGGUUUAUAAAGCGUCUCCAAUUUCUUCAGGGGAAAACGAUGAUAAUAGCGAAGUGUCAGAUAACCAAAAAUGUCAAUAUACCCAAAAGAAACGAAAAAGAUUUGAUGAUCCCAAAAAACAUGAAGAGCAUAGAGAAACUAGAAGUCACAAACGGUCUGGUUUAAGGUCAAUAUUUGAAAAUAAAGAGAAAAACUAUGUUAUUUCGAAUAACCCUAACAAAACUAUAAAAUUUAUUGGUGCAGAAGUAUUAUCAUGCAAAGAAAAAGAAUUAUUUGGUUCCGACGAUUCUGAAUUAGAACUAGAAUCUAAGGUUAGAAAACCGUCAAAACCGGUCAAACAUAAAAUUGGUAUAAGUAGUAAAAAAAAAUGUUGGCAAGAAGACAAAGUUAUGGCCUUUAAUAAAAAAAAUGGAGCAAAAUUGAGUAACGAAUGUUUAUCUUCUUUGAAUGUAAUGGAAAAUUGGUUAAGUACUAAUAAAUUUCAACAGUGUGACUUUAAGGAAACAAAAGCAAAAUAUAGUUUGCUGGGAAGAGGAAUUAUAGAAAGUGCUAUUUCUGAAUCACUUCUUAUUUCUGCUGAAGAACGCAUAUUAAAACGAGAAACUCAUACCAGAGAUAUUCAAGCCAUUAAACAAUUAAAUAAUGUCAUUAAAAAUGUCGUAAAAACACAAAAAGCAAUCGAAACUAAAACAUUAAACCAUUUAUCGGUCGACAACGUAUUAAGUACUUUUCCUAAAUAUAAAAUAAUGCUGGACAAGCAUUUUGAUAACUUCAAAUUGCGACCACAACGAGACAUUCCGAAGAUAGAAAAUUUAGAUUACAUGGCUUUACAAAACUUUGUACCAGCGAAACAUUUGCUAGCAAUGUGUACUUAUCUACGAGAGAUGUAUGAAUCAGAGAAAGGUGUACCUCAGUUUACCGAACUAUACAUGCUUUUAUUAGUUCCAGAGUGGGUAUUGGCAAUUUUUAUGGAAGAGUACAAAAUGGACCGGCAACAAGCUCUGCAACAAAUAGUAGAUCAAGAGGAAAUAAAUUUUCCAACACAAAUAUCUUAAAUGAUUCAAAAUUCCUUUAAAGAGUUCUAUGUAUAUAGAACUCUUUAAAUAUGUAUGAAUAUAUAUAUGUAUAUAUAUAUUCAUAUAUAUUAAAUAUGUAUGAAUAUAUGUAUGUAUUGAUUUCGUGCAUGUAUAUACGUGAAUAAGUAUGUAUAGCCAUUGAGUAUUUUUAUCAAACGGUUUUUGUAUCAUACAAGAUUUUUGAUAUAAAAGAAAGCAGUGAAAAUAGAUACAUACAUACAUAUAUCAAAAUACUUUAUAUAAUUUGUUGGGCAACGAAUUUGAUUUUAAAUAUAUACUCACACUAUACUAUUUUGGUUUCAAUAUUGUUUUCUGAUAAAUUGUUAUAAAAAAUUUUAAUAAAAUGUUCAAUAAACUAAAUUCUUCAUGAAAUAAUAAAAA